AUGGACACUGAGAAAGACGGACACACGGACACACGGACAGACGGACGUGUCCCCCGCGGGGCCUGGGUUGCGGCAGACGCAGUUUCGGGGCGCGGCGAGCAGGUGGCAGCGCAGGUCAGAGGUCGCCAGAGUCUCCUGAGUGACAUCACACGCGAUAUCAAACACGAUCGAGUCACAGACACCGGCCCGCUGUCCCUCUCACCCCGGGAUUUUAGGAGAAAUGAAAAAGGGGAAGAGGCAGGGGACCCCGCCCCGGACAGCGCACCGCCCAGACGGACAGACGGACGGACGGACGGACGGACGGACAGAAUCAGCUGCCAGAUUCACCCCCGGCCAGACGGAGACACAGAUGUGCAGAUGUCCUGUGUGCUACUCUUCCUCCUCCUCCUCCCUGGCCCUCUGACCCCCGACCCCUCACCCUCCCUGAACGUGACCUUCGACCUCAGCACCUGGAGACUCCACUGGGCCUGCCUGGCCGCCCCAGAAGCCCGAUGUCGCCUGCUGCACCCGGAUCUGGGCCCCAUCGAGAUGGGGGCGCAAACCUGGCCUGGGAGCCCAGCCCAGGAGGGACCCCUGUGUUACUGCCAGUUCAGACUCCUACCUCUCCACCGAAGCCCCAGGUUCGAGGUCCUCAUGGCGGAGGCUGAGAAGACGGUGAUCGGAGGCCUGAACUACGCCAACCCGGGCCUCUUCGACUCAGCAGCCACCAACCUCUCCUGCCAGGUGUUCGAGGCCCAGGCCCUGAAUUGCUCUUGGACUCCAGGUCCCAGUGCUCCCCCAGACACGGAGUACUCCCUCUCCCUGAUCUUCUCCAGAAACCACCAGGCCCAGGCCUGUCCGGGCAUCCCCCGUGACUCGUUGGGCCCCUGGGCCUGCCACCUGGCCCACCUGCCCAACGCAACCACCCGCAUGUACGUCAGGAUCGAGGGCUUGAGCCCCACGGCGCCUGUUCGCUUCUAUGACACCGUGUUCAAGACCAGAGACCUCGAACGGUUCGAACCGCCGGACAACAUCACCGUGACCUGUGACCCCACGCGCUGCACCAUUGCCUGGACCCGGCCUCGAACCUGGCAGAACCUGAAAGACCCAGACUUCCAUUACCAGCUGAGCCUGACACGGUGUGACCGUCGCCCUGGGACCCCGGAUCUUCCUAUCGAAGUUUCUGGAACCUUCUCCAACGCUUACACCCUGCCCAGCCCGGAGCCCCGGCCCUGUCAGGUCUUACGCGUCCGGGCCGGGGAUGUCCGGGUGGGCAGCUGGGGGGUCUGGAGUCGACCCUUGGAGUUUGGGUCAGAGGUCACACCGGCUCCCCGCCUGGGCCAGGUCGUGACCCCACUGCUAGCCGGCCUGGGGUCACUGCUGUGUGCGUUGGGCCUGGGCUGGGCCUGCGGGAGGCUCCUCCACUGGGCUGGGCUGUGCGGCCCUGUCCCCCGAAUCCGGGACAAGAUCAGCGACCACGCCCCACACCAGGUCAUCUGGGCUGUGGUGUUGGCGCCAGGCCAGGCUGAGCAAGAGGAGCCAUCGCCCAGGCCAGAACUGAGCACCCAGCACCCAGCACCCUGAUACUGAGCACCCAGCACUGAGCACCCAGCAGUGAGCAUUGAGCACCCAGCACCUGGAUACUGAGCAUCCAGCAGUGAGCACUGAGCACCCAGCACCCAGCCCGUAGCAUUGAGCCUCAAGCAGCCAGCACGCAGCCGUGAACACUGAGCACCCAGCACCCAGCACCCUGAUACUGAGCACCUAGCACCCAGCACCCAGCAGUGAGCACUGAGCACUGAACACCCAGCAGUGAGCACUGAGCACUAAGCAACCAGCACCCAGCAAUGAACACUGAGCACCCAGCACCUGGAUACUGAGCACCCAGCACCCAGCAGUGAAUGCUGAGCACCUAGCACCUGGAUACUGAGCACCCAGCACCCAAUAGUGAACGCUGAGCACCCAGCACUCUGAUAUUGAGCACUGAGCACUGAGCAUCCAACAGUAAACAAUGAGCACCCAGCAGUGAGUACUGAGCACCCAGCACUCUGAUAUUGAGCAUUGAGCAUCCAGCACCCAGCCCAUAGCAUUGAGCCUCAAGCAUCCAGCACGUGGAUACUGAGCACCCAGCACCCAGCACCCAGCACUCUGAUAUUGAGUACUGAGCACUGAGCAUCCUGUGUGCAUGGAGCACUGAGUACCCACAAGUGAGCACUGAGCACCCAGCACCCAGCAGUGAGCACUGAGCACCCAUGACCUGGAUACUGAGUACAGAGCACUGAGCACUGUGCAUGGAGCACUGAGCACUGAGCACCCAGCCCAUAGCAUUGAGCCUCAAGCAUCCAGCACCUGGAUACUGAGCACCCAGAACCCAGAACCCAGCAGUGAACACUGAGCACUGAGCACUGAGCACCCUGAUACUGAGCACCCAGGACUGAGCAGUGAACACUGAGUCUCCAGCACCCAGCACCCUGAAAUUCAGCACCCAGCACCCAGCAGUGUGCAUGGAGCACUGAGCACCGAGCACCCAGCACUGAGCACCCAGCACCCAGCACCAGGCGGUGCUGGGGCCUUGGUCUCUGUCUGUGGCUAGGGCGGGGGGGGGGGGGUGCUGGGCCCGGCUCACUCGCUCUGUCUCCUUCUCGCUCCCCCCCCUCGGCAGGAAGCGUUGCCGUGGCGCCCGGGGGGAAGCUGAGGCCGCAGCCCUGACCCCGGCCAACCCCGCCCAGUGCCACUUCCUGCCCAGCUGCGGCCCGAGAGGCCCAGGGCCUGGGGGGAGGGGAGGGGACAGACAGAUGGAUGGAUACAGAGACAGACAGACAGACAGAGA